ACGGACUGAGACAAGAAAAUAGACGCGACCAGAGAGCAUCGUAAUUCACGAAUGGCAGGAGCAGAAUAGAACACUCGAGCCAGGUUUCGCCAGUAAUCGAGUUUCCAAGUCGACGAAUUCGACCAACUGCCUUGCAGCGGACCAAACAAGCGUUCGUGCAUCUAGCAGUCUCGAUUUCCACACUGGAUAUAUCUGACAAACCACUCUCCAUGACGAUGGUGACGUUCGGGUUUGGAAGCUGCGAUAAAAGAUAGCAACGAUCGGAAAGGCUGUUCCAAUGUUCCGCUUGACCGUUGGCGGUUGCGAUGUCAACCAAACCACAUUCCUCUGCCCCUCCAUGGAUGCUAGAAAUAAUACGGACGUCGUCACCCAGCAACUUCAUCAUUUGCUUGCGCGACUUUCCACUGACGACUUGAACAUUUCUUCUUCACCAAACCAGAUUUUGCCGACACGCUCUAGUAGAUUUCCGACUUCACCUCGACACACUAAACGAAGAUUAUGGUUAAGAGACACCUUUCGCACCACACCUAGAACAACAUCAUUGCCAAUCACGAACCUGGAUAUGGGUGUCAAAGGCACCGAUGACUAUCUCACGGCACGGGCGGCCAACCCAAGGACUGGCCUGAUCAGCCCCAGCGUCGUAUCACAUUUGACUCCCCGAACGCCCAUGUCACCAGCCGAAGCACUUUCACUAUUUGCAAGCGAUCACACCAUGCCACAAGACUUCUCUCCUCAGGCCCAAACUCCAGAAAGACCAACAUCUGCAGCAAACAGGCAAAGACCAGCAGGUCCCCGAGGUCGAUGGCGUCAGGAUUCGACUGGAUGGAACAUGGAGCCCGACACGGAAGCUGGAUCUAUAAAGUACGCUACUGCCAACUCAUCAGCUACGAGGGCAGACUUUCAUGCAAGUGAAGACAGCUUUGUGAUUCCCAUGCCGACAGCAAAAGACCCGCAGCCAUAUCGUCAGGCAGAUCAGGAUAAAGCUGUGCAAUACUACAGAGAUAAGGCACAGCGUCUCUCACACAAGGAAGGAAUGAACGGCAGGAUGCACAGUAUUGGCGCCGGACCUCGCAAGUUUGCACAAGCCACAAAAGCACUGCGAGACUUUAGCAAUCCUCGCUCUGCAAUACCUGCUGAGGCAGAUGCCAAUGCCGGACAUGAAAAGGCUUCACCGCCAAUGUCUGCGUUCCCAGAGUUCUCUGCUGCACCCAGUGGUAGAAGCAGUCCAAGUUCCCCACGUGUUUUGCGCAGACCCGUGUGUUCGACCGCGCCCGGCUAUGAGCGUAGGGACUCGGCCAUCAGCAUCCCAGCUUCUGCGUCUGACCAAGAGGAUGUCCCUACCGCACAAAGCGCCACCUCAGGGGGAGCCGAACGUACACGCUCUGAUUCUAAUACCUCGCGCUUCCAAGAUCUACGACAGUUGCCUAGAGUUCGCGUCGUCCAUCCCAACAGCCCAGUCGUCAAGAAGCAACAUGAGAAAAGUGGAGCUGCGCAUAACGAUCGCACCGCCUCUCCUCCUCCUCCUUACUUGAGUCGCUCACAUGCUCAGAGUAUAUCAUCCGUGUCUGGCGCGUCAAUGGCCGAGUCGCUAUCACCUCUCGAGACCCAAGUCGUCGGCUUUUUGGCCUGGGCAAUCAACCAGGUCUUCUGCAAGCAAUCGCCAAACACCCACGAUCAAUCUCCACAAGGCCUCGACAUCGGUCUCCUUCAAGCCAUACAUAUAUUAUCUGACUCGGCAACCAAGCCUGUUCAACGCUGGCAAGCGAUGAAGGCUUUGGCGUUCAUGGCGGUGAGACUGAUUGUCAUAUUGUGCUGUUUAGCUAUCGUCGUUCGUGUUGGCACAGCAGUAGGAAGGACAUUGGCCAUUAUGCUCUGGCCUGUUAGCGUUGUGUGGAAGAUUGUAAGGUGGAUGUUAGGACUGGGAUGAAGAUUAGGUAGACGGACUGUAUUACUCGUCGACAAGAAUGUUUAGAUAGUGCUCUGAAUACUAUGAAUUCUUCUUAGAGAUAUUGAUCUACCUAAGGCUUUGUCGCCUCGUCUGAGCAUCUAUAGCUAUGCGAUAACGUGACCGCUUAAGUCAAGUCAGCGCAUUCCUCUGGCCGGGGUUCAAUGGAAGCUGGUCCGCAGCAAGGCUUAGGUUGUAGUUAGCUUGACCUCCUCUAGCCAUGGUCCCCGCUGCUGAUCUCGUUCGUGCAGACUCUACCCACUCCAUCAGAUAUCACUCAAGGAUGCGUAUUCAUUUGGUCUUCUCGCGACCGAAUAUUGCAAUCAUACCACGAUCACCAACCCCAACGCACCACUUUCCAUCAUGACUCCAAUCAA